AUGAAGGAAGAUGCUCUACAAAUUAAGGUCGCCGCUGCCAUCUACAAAUUCUUAGAGCAACAGGAGCUGCCGAAGACGGCAAGAGCCCUUUUAAAGGAGGCGGCGAGGCGGGAAUGGGACCUGGAAUCGGUGGCCAGCGGAGGUGAACUAGUCGAUUUGCUCGAGAUCUGCGAGGCUAGAGAAACGCAGAAUUUGGGUGAAGAGGUGAAAGGUCCUCCUCCUGAGGGAAAGAAGUCGCGGAAGUUAAAAGUCCCAACUAUUAAGGAAGAAAAACAGCCCAAAAAGAAGUGCCGUUCCGAGCAUGAGAAGGAGACACCUGAGGCAGGGGCGCUGUGUACCACGCCCGAUGAGGAUGCAAGUGCAGUGGGCCGCAUCAGCAAGAAGGCUCGUAAGCAUGUCCUAGUAAACGAAAAUACUGAAGAGCAGCACGAAACACAUGAAUGUACACAAGAAAAUCAAAAGAAAUGCGAUAAUGGAGGUCCAAAGCGCUUUCAAAGAAUCGAUGAUUCUCAGUGGACCUCCGCGCUACCUACAGAACUAAAGGACAACUCCUUCUGGAAGAAGAAAAGCGACAACUUUGCUGUUAAGGCAGCAGAACAGCUGGGGCGUGUUAGGGGAAAGGAUUUCCGCCACGAAAAGAACAAGAAGAAGAAAGCAACAUGGAAGGGUUGCGGAGAAAUCCCCAUGACCGUCAACUCUAUUCAGUUCGCAAGCGACUCUGAAUAG